AUGCAGCAGCGGGCGCAGAAACGGCCACGGCAGAGCGAUGAGGGUAAUCCUCCGCCUGCACAGAAGAGCAGCAGUGGUAGAUUCGCCGUGCGGCGCCUGCCGUUGGCCAGUAGUGGUGCCGCGAGCGCUCGUGACGGGGGUGUUGCACCAGUCACUCCUUUGCCUGCACCGCCGACAGCGAUGGAUUUGGUCUGGCAACGUAAAACGGCAGUGGUACAUCGGCAACUACUUCAGCUUGCCAACCUCUACGCACAGAAGACACAGGAGAACGAAGCGGUGCUAGACGCAAUUGAAAGGAUGAUAGCCUCGCAUGAACUGGAGCUGGAAGCUGUGGCCACAGAGAGUGAGUCGCAUACGCGUCAGCAUCUUGAAGCGCUUGCAGAACUGCAUUGUAGAAAAGAUGCAGCGCUUGAAGAAAAGCAACAUGCCACAGAGGAAAUCACAAUGUUGCAAGCACGUCGUAUUCAAUUAGUACAGGCACGUGAACGCCUUCAAGAAGACAUUGUGAUUCAGUCUGACGCCUUGGAGCAGCUGCAGAAGACGCUGGAGACACAACGUCAGGUGACAGAAGAAGAGCAGGGAAAGCUGAAUAAUGUGCUUGAGAGAGAGCGGGUCAUGCAAGAUAUCGCAUACGGCCUUUCUGGCGAGGUGCGGGAGAUGGUGGUGGAGUUGGAGCAGAUACGCGGGGCGAAGGAGGCUGCUGAGCGUGCAUCAAAGGAAACUGAGAUUGUUCGACGACCGUUGUACUCACAGUGUGAAGAACUAAAAGGAACGAUUCGUGUGUACUGUCGUGUCAAGGGCGGUGGUAGCAAUGGCAAUAAUGAGGCUUUGCCCGCCUUUGAGAACUGUCGUGAACCUUCCAUCUCUACAUGCAGCACAAUCAGCCUGUUGACGGAGGGACCGCAUAACCCCGUUCUAGCAGGGGGAAGGGGUGCGGAGGCAAAGGGACGAAAAAUACAGGGAGGACAACAAAAGACGCUGUAUGGUCGAUUUGUCUUUCCGCAGGCUGGCGAAGAGGCUCAGCGGACGCUGUGUCUGUAUCAAUCACGGGACAAUGCGACCUCCACGGGCACACAGGAGUCCAAGGAGACGUUUACGUAUGAUCGCGUCUUUGAUGGCAGCGCCACACAGGCGGCCGUCUAUGCCGAUGUGGAGCCGCUUGUAAACUGUGCGAUUGAUGGCUACCGUGUCUGUAUUUUUGCAUACGGCCAGACGGGGUCCGGUAAAACGUACUGCAUGGAAGGAGACGUGUUGGACGAGCAGAAGUGUGGCAUCACCCCUCGUGCCCUUCGCACUAUAUUUCGUCGUCAGGACGAGUUAAAGUCCGAUGGCUGGAAGUACAAUCUUAGUUGCUACUUCAUCGAAAUAUACAACGAUGUUAUUCGAGACCUGCAACAGGAGCCGUCCCUGUACGAACCCGGCGGGGCUGCCGCCGCUCAACCGAACUAUCACGCUAUCAAACAUCAGAACGAAACUGGGUCAACCAGUAUCAGCAACGUUGUGGAGCGGCGUAUCCGCUCCUUUGAGGAGUUUCAGCGCCACUACAAAGCAGCCAUAAAGAAUCGUAGCACAUCUAAAACGUUGUUGAACGAUUAUUCCUCUCGUUCGCACUGCGUAUUUGUUUUGCGGAUCGAGGGAGAAAACGCACUUUUACGGCAGCGUAGUGAGGGGACGCUCUGUUUGGUGGACCUGGCGGGUAGCGAGCGCAUGAACGAGUCGGGGACUGGACAGGGACAGCAGCUCAAGGAGACCAUCAACAUCAACCGUAGUCUGCUGGAUCUUGGGAAAUGCAUCCGUGCCCUUAACAACUCUGGUAGUGUUGCGCCGUGGCGCAACUGCAAGUUAACGUACCUGCUGCAGAAUUACCUUGGGGCUAAGGGCGGGAAAAUGCUGAUGUUGGUCACAGUCUCCGACAAGGAGGAAUACAUGGCGGAAAGUCUGAAUUCGCUCCGCUUUGCGAGUCGCGUUAACCAAACAGUCGUUGGUCCCUCCAUAAAGCGUGUAAACAACUACUGA